UCCAAUGUCCACUUCAUAUGUAUCAAACCCUGUCCCUAAAGAUACAAAGACUAUCAAUGAUAUAAUCUCCAGUAAUGACACCUCCUUUGAUCACAAUUACAACUCAAAAGAUACCUCAAAGCCAUACCAAACCUAAACAACUUGAACGUCGCCGAAGAAGUAUCACCAAUAGUAGCAUGAACAAGGACAUAAAUAGCUCAAAAGAUGACCCAUAUAAUGAUGCAGGCAUGACCUCUGGUUAUGAAAGCUCGAAGUCUAAGAAGAAGAGGAAGUAUAAAAGUGUAUCGAGGAAGAAAAGUGGAGGGGCUAGGAAUAGGUUAGGCAAUUAUACCAUGAAUUCGAAGGUGAAGAUUCCUCAGAAUGACUUUGAUGUAACGACUAUUAAUGAUGGGCUUGAUGAGAUAGAUUUGUUGAUUGAUCAACUUGAGAAUAGGUGUCCUGAGGAUCUUUAUGAAGAUGAUGAAAUUGAUAUUGAAGCGAUGAUGAAAUCUAAUACUCAACUUCGUAAUAAAAUUGGGGAGAUAUCCAAAUUUGUUAUGACCGCUAUUCAAAAAGCUGGAGCACUGAAAAAGCAGAUCAUCACUCAUCGUGAUGGUCCAAGUGACCCGAAUGUUGCUAAAAAGGAGAAAGAAAUCAACAGUUAUCAAACUCAGAUUACCAGGUGAAAGAAAUAUAUAAAGUCUUUGAAUAUUAAGGUAGAGAAUUCUUCUGAAAUUGAUCGGAUAAAUGCUGAGAAAGGAAAGGCUAAAAUGCUUGAUAAGGAAAUAGCAGAGCUUGAGAAUCAGAAAAAGGUUCUCCUCAAAAGUCAUAGACAUCAACAGAACACUAUGACCAAACUCUACGAUGACCCAGAGUUCCGGUUUAAAUUAGAGAAAACUACUAAAGGAGUUGCACAGAAAAAGGAGGAAAAUGCAAAGAUGCAACUUGAGCGUAGACAACUCAGGAAAGAACAAGAUAAAGUAAUUAAAGAAAUGUCUGAUCUCAACAAAGUCAAAUUCCAACUCAUCGAAGAGCGUAAUAAAAUCAAGAAUGGGAAGAAAACUACCAAAAUGAGAAGGGCAAAGGAAGCUAUUGAUGAAAUAAACAUAAUAAAGAGUAGAAUGAAGGUUAUAGAAAACCUCAGAGACAAGAAAGAGUCUAAAACCAAGCAAAGCUGCCUCCGCAAAGAGAAAUUACUUAAAGAAUAUGAACAAAUGAUAAAAGUAACUAAGAAACAACUAAAGAACGUUACAACUGAAAAUGAACAGUUGAGCCAAAACGUCAAGGAUUUGAAGAAUAUGGUCCCAAAGACCGCAUUGAUUUCUAAAAAUGCUGAUUUGAACAAUAGCAGGUUAGGCUCUCGUCAAGCCCAUAGUCCUCCGAAUGACCUCGGAAUAGACCCUACAAUUAAUAAAUUAAAAGAGCAGAACAUUCUCAGAGAUAAUAUUGAAGACAUGAAUAGCAGUUUUGAAACAAACCAUAAAGGGAUUUCUCAGGAAAUUUCUCAAGAAAUUUCUCCUGAAAGAUUCAGCCAGAACGAUGAUGAAUCAAACCAAGAUGAUUCUGAAGGGUCAGUUAGUUAAAACAGUAAAUAGU